AUGGCCACUCUCCAGCAGAAUCUGGUCGCCUCCAACGCGGCGCUGAAGAGGGCUUCUCUCCCCAUCGAUUUCCAUGUUUCCCCCACCCUCACCUACGUUCUGAACUUCAUCGGAAGCAAUGGCACCAUCCCCAAUGGCACAGGCAACCCUUUCGAGUUCCUCAACAUCAUUGACAACAUGGGCAUCCAGCUCCAUGCUCACAACUCCGCCAAGGUUUGCGCCGUGGACGCGGUCGCAUGGGAUGGCUUGGGUCAGAAUGACCAGCAAUUGAUCAUCAAGAUUUUCGACGAGAUCACCCGACUGCAGUGCAUCGCGGUCCGUGACCUCUCCUGUCCAUCCCGUCUUUACGUUGGACCCGAGAAAAUUCUUCGAGCUGUCGAUGUCUUGGUCACCAACAUCAAGCUGCCCCGCCCGCCUAACCCCUUCAUCAUCUACCGCACCGAGCGACACCAGACUGUCAAGGAGGCAAACCCAGAUGCCAAGAACAACGACAUCUCCAAGAUCCUUGGCCAACAGUGGCAGAAAGAGCCGGAGGAAGUUCGCGACGUGUACAAGCAGAAGUCUGAGGCCAUCAAAGAGGAGUUCAUGCGCCUCUACCCUGACUACAAGUACCAGCCACGCAAGUCUUCCGAGGUCAAGCGCCGCAACAAGAAGACUACGAACAACUCCGAGUGA